GAGGGCCUGAGGUGCUGCGCAAAGACUUGUCGAUGGGGCUGCUGCGCAAGAAGGAUGCCCAGGAAGAGGCCGUUCCAACCGAUGUCGACUUGGAAGCUGGUGACCUCACUGGCACCGGUGACGUCAUAGCUGAGAUCGUCGAAGCUCUUGAGCCAGAAGCGGAUGCAGGCGAUGGGGAAGCCAUCAAAGGGAAUGCUGCAAGCAAGAGGAGGAUUGGAUUCAGGAUGCCCAAGCUCUUUGGAAAGGCUGAGGAAGAUCCCGAAGACAACAAGGAGCCAAUGGACCGAAAGCGAUGGUGGGAGUUCACCUUUUCAGUGAGAGGCUUCGAGAAUGUGACGGUGGAAACCUUGAAGCUGUUUUGGACCGUGUCUUUGGGCAGUGACAAUCCCAAGAAGCACAAAAAUCGAGUGCGGCUGCAGACAAAAUUCACUUCCAUAUUCACUUUGGAGAAGGGAAAGGUGUUUACUGCGGACAAUCCGGUCAUCAUGUAUGAGCGCAAGACGUUUGCACUCUCUUACAAGGAGCUUGAGAAGCAUGUGGUGAAGGUGGACAUGUGGCGAGUAUCUUGCUGGACAUUCAAUGAAUACUUUGGCGUGAAGAAGCAGAAGCUCUCUCAAAUUGCAAAUCGCGAUCCGAACAUGGAGCUUCGGAUCCUGCGCAAGCUCUCCAGAAAGCAAAUGGCGGACAAGAAGAAAGCCAAAGCAGUCGCCGAUGUCGCGCUGUACCGCUGCACCGUCAAUUUGGAAGAGAUUUUCGACUUUGACAUGUUCUGCGAGAAUUGGACGCUGGAGCUUAGCCGUGCCAACCCAGAGCACAAGCAAAUGAAGGAGGAAAGAAAACGCCUCACCUUCACCAUGCCGCGGGACCGACGGACAUUGCCUGGGCAAAGGCGUUACCUGGGCAGGGGCGCUGCUUCGCAGACAGUGGAAUGGAACCAACAAGAUGGCCGAUUCUUUUGGCCGAGCUGCGGGAAGUUUGUGUUUCGAGGCACCAGGACCCAUUUGCAAAACUCGUAUUUCAUUGUCUCCGUCCUCACCGGCAAGCCGCCCGCUUUCCUCGCCAACAACUCGACUAUAGCAACCAUCGAAAAGCAUGCUCCUGCGCAGCCGCACCGUGUGCUCGGACGUUGCCUUCUGAAUCUCACAUCCGUUCUGGACAUGUCGGUGUUUCAAGGCAAGGUCAAGCGCUUCACCCCGAAUCAUGACCGGUACAUUGUUGGUGACAUCAAUGGCAACGUAAAGUGCAUCCUUCGCUCAAAGGGCAUGAAGGAGCCAGAACUGGAUUUUCGAUCCAAUCGCCCAGAGCAACUCAAGACAGCCACGACAGUUUCUCACCUGAAUCCCUCUGAGCGGUACUUGGUGGUCCGUGUGAAGAAGUGCGAGGCUCUGCCAGUGGCAGACUUUGAUACUGGCAGCUCUGAUCCCUAUUUGAGAUGCACUUGGGACAACAUGGUGAUUGUCUCCCCUGUUGUCAAGCAGUCACUGCGACCGGUCUUCAAUCAGAGUUUCUAUUUCCCAGUGCGAGUGGUCUUCCCAGAGAUGCGGAUGGGAUCCAAGGCUGAGAAGAAGUACCAGGAUUCGAUUUUGAAGUAUGAGCUUACAAGCAAAGGCUCAAUUCAGAUACAAGUAUGGGAUGACGACGUGACUUCCGCUGAUUGCCUCGGUGGAUGCCAAGUUACGCUGGGUGACAUCCUCAAUGUCAGAGCCACACAAAAGCGGACGCUUCUUGGUGCACUGAAGGCGGACAGACGCGAUGAUGAAGAAGAGGAGAACGAGAUGGAGGAGAAGCAGGAGUCUCACAACCAGUGGUACGAAGAACCGAGAUCUGUGCGAGUGUAUGACGGAAGCAAGACCGCCCUGGGCCAAUCUGCGCUGGCGAACAAGGAUGCUGCUCUCAUCCACUUCGAGGCUUACUUUUAUCCAGACUGGGCCGAGACUUUGCGGUUUGAAGAUGAAGUUCAGGAAGCAGACGCAGAUUCCGUUUGGGCAAAGAAGAAAGACGAGUGGAAUUCGCGAAACAGGCAGAAGGCUGAGGAUUAUGCACUGCCUUUUCCUGAUUCUAUUGGAGCUAAAAAGCCAACAGAGGAGAACAUGAUGCAGACGGCAGAUUCUUUGAGGCGCUUUCCUUGCGUAGGGCUCCAUCCUCUCUUGAGGAUAGAGGUUCCUUUGAUGGCCUUCGUGUCACCCAUCAUCAUCCCGGAGGAGUGGAGCUUUCCAGCAAAGCUCCUGGAGUGGGUGCACUGCCUGUCCUUCGAGAUUUCUCAACGGCAAGCCCGGACAGGUCUGAUUCCCAAUGAUGGCUGGAAGGAUCCGGAGUAUGUCCUGGCCAGACGGAAGGGUGCCCCCCAGGACCACUCUGUCCUGCUAUGCUCCCUGCUGCUUGGGUGCAAGGCAGACGCUUAUGUGGUCAAGGGCACCGUCUAUUCCAAAGAUCCGAUCGCGACGACUGACAAAUCUGACCAGUUGAUAGAACAUGCAUGGGUGAUGACUCGCGAGAAAGGUUGGGUCACCUUCUGGGAGCCUUGCAGCCGACAAACCUUUCACUUGCCAAACAGAUAUGACCCAAGAAAAGUGAAGCGAAAGAGAACCGACCAGCUGGUGAUUCAGGAAGAAAGGGAGGAGGAAGAGCAAGACGAAGAAGCGGAUGAGGAGAAGCAACAGUGGGAAGGUGAAGCUGAAGACUCCCGAGUGCAUUUGGAAGAUAUGGAGAGCUUGCCGACUGUUGGCCGCAUGCCAAAGCCAAAGAUGCGAGCAGACAAAGCAAAGAAGAAAGAGGAAGAACCAGGCCGAGAGCGCCUCAAGCGGGAGCUCAUUGAGCAGCGCGAGGGAUUGCCAAUAGCUCCAAAGCGAAAGAUGCUGCAGGAUGAUAACUUGGUCACCUGGUUGCCGUAUGACUCAAUUGAGGUCAUCUUCAAUGACAAGAACUCUUGGGCAAACCGGCAGAAUCAUCAUCCGGCGUGCAUUACCUAUGAUUUGGAGGAUGCCGACGAGGAUGCCGAAAACCCAACGUGGGAGCGGUUUCUCAGCUCCGAGGAUGAGCAGAAUCUGCACUUCCAGCCGAUUUGUCCCAACGUGUCCGUACAGCCUGAGCUGAAACCUUCAAUCAUCGAUGAACUUCAGGAUGAUCUUCGCACCGAGAUGAUGCAGAACCUUCAACUUUACAGGGGCAAGAAGGGAAUGGACACCAUGUUCGACCACAACGAGGAGCUCAUGCAGCAGCUGCGAAUCUUUCUGGACAUCCAGGAGCUUUGGCGGCUGAUUGACCCAGACAGUCCUGCCGCCCGCAGGGUGUUUGACGAGUACAAGGCGAUUCCGCGCGAUCUACCGAAAGACCAGAUGUCUGAUCAGCAGAGGUUUCAGCGCUUUGUCGGCGAUACGCUCAAGCUUCGACUUUGGAAUCGUCACGGUGGGCCCUUUUUUGACAACAAGGACUACGUCAAAGAGCAAGACCACCAUUGGCGAGUACUGGAAAAACUCUACAAGGAGUUCCAAAAAAAGGAGGAUAGCUUUCCAAUCAAGCGCGGGAAGAAGUUCAAGGGUUUCCCCGUGCAUUUCUGCACUUCAGAUCAAGAAAGCAUCCGCCAAUAUCUCAUGCAGAUCAAGCAGUACAAGCAGAUCAUUGACACGGAUGAGGAGGAUGUGUACUAUACUAUUGAGUGCCGGAUGAUUGGCCGUCUUAGUGGCAUCCUGUCUGUGUGGCUGUACGUCGGCAUCCAGGAGCCUCAGCGCGAGGCAGACUUCUUGGAAGAGUGAUGUCCCACUUUAGAUUGUAAAUGCACCGUUCCUAAUUUUUGACGCGCAGAUUUGUGCUUCAAUUAGGGAACGCCUCUGCGGCUGGAAACGUAGCUCGCAAGUCAGGAUAUGUGCCUGGCAUUAUUUGUAGUGCGCAAUCCGCGAAUGCUUUGCAUGGCAAAGCUUUAUCACAUGUUGAUCUGAAGCCUUGCUGUCUCACAGGCUUUGCUAGCAGAAAACAUGCAGAAAGGCCAUUGUACAUGUACAGACCACUUGCUGGGAGUGCUUGGGUACAC